UUCAUGCGGGGAAAGAGGUGUGAGGAGGUGGGAUCCUGGUCUACCAUAUACACUGUCCUCGGCAUCUGUUACCAAUACAAAGUCCGGGAUCCAGUGCAGACCUCGGGCAUCUUCAACAACAUGUACCUGCUGCUGCAUGACACGGAGACGCACUACUACAACGGCGACAGCGGCUUCAAGAUCCUCAUCCACGACCCUCGAGACGACCCAGUGAUCGACAUUCGGACCCACGGCACCACCAUCAACCAGGGCUGGGGGAAGGACGUGCGUGUCGCUGUCAGGGAGUUCAAGACCAUCCCGACGAAGCGCUGGCCGUGCAUCACCAACACCAGCUACUCCUCAUCGCAGUGCAUCUCCCGCUGCUUCCUCACCGCCCUCUACGCCCACACCGGCUGCCUCAUGCCCUACAUGCACGGAAUCAGCGGGCGGCCUUGCAACACCUCAGCGGAGUACACGCACGCCACGAAGAUGGAGAAGGAGCUACUGUUCUAUGGCGGGUGGCGACAUAGCCAGUGUGAGUGCAUGAAGCAGUGCAACGAGGACAUCUACUCUAUGUUCACCGAAGCAGCCAGCACAGCACGUGACUCGGCCAAACUGCGAGUGUUCUUCCAGGACCUAACUUAUGACGAGGUGUCGGAGGAGAUUGCUUACGACACUAUCGCUCUGCUGUGUGACAUCGGUGGCACCCUGGGACUGCUGCUCGGGGCGUCUGUGCUCACCUUUAUGGAGUUCCUGGAGGUGGUGCUGGUCAAGUGCCUGCACCGCUAGAAAGAGAGAGAGAGAGAGAGAGAGAGAGAGAGAGAGAGAGAGAGAGAGAGAGAGAGAGAGAGAGAGAGAGAGAGAGAGAGAGAGAGAGAGAGAGAGAGAGAGAGAG